CACUACGACACCCACACCACUCCGACUCGCGCAAACUUCGCGCGCCCGACUCUCCUCGCCCGCGACGCGAUAUUGCUUACCUCGAGUAACGUACCGCCGCUCCUUGACACUCGCGCCAGAGAACUAAGUGCACCAUGAGUGACCUCUCCGCUCUCGAAGAGGAGCUCGCUCAGGCUCAGGAGUUGGUGGACACAUGCAAAGAGGCCUUGGAACUCGAUCCCGACGAUGCAAGCGUCAAGGCCGACAUGGCCUCCUUCCAGCAGCAAAUUCCCGUCCUGAAGGCCAGAAUCGCUGCGCUCAAGGUCCAGCAAAAGGUCGCCCCACCCCCGCCACCACCGACAGACACGCCAAAAUACGACAUGAGCAAGCACCCAAAGUUCCAAAAGAUCUCCUCAGACGCUCCGCCGCCACCACCUGCCGAGGACAACCGCGCGUUGUUCAACGUGGGUGAUACGGUGCAGGCAAAGUAUUCUGCGGACAAGGCGUGGUACCCAGCGACCAUCGUCAGCAAAACGGGCAGUCCUUCAGAUCCAGUCUACACAGUCAAAUUCAAGGGAUACGAUGAGAAAGAGCAAAAGCGCAAGCACGAGGUUCGUCCAGUGGAGAAUAAGAAGCGCAAGGCUGACGGCACACCCGUGGCAUCUGCCUCCGCUGCAGUGCCUCCACUCCCGACAGCUCCGCCUCCGAUUCAGCACGGCACUGUCAUCUCUGCUGCACCGGCGAUCGAUACGACUUUGGUUCAGAAACGCGAGCCGAGCAAAGUCAGCGAUGGCCCGACGCGAAUGCCACCUGCACCGAAGAAACUGAAGGGCUCAAAGGUUUUGGAGAAGUCAAAGAGCAGCUGGAAUGACUGGCAGAAGUCAGGGCCCAAGAAGCCAGCUGUGGGCGCAGCGUCGAAGUUGAAGAAAGACAGCCAGUUUCGCACACCAGACCUGCCGAAUGCUAAAGUGGGCUUCACGGGCUCUGGAAAGCCAAUGUCAAAGGACCAAGUGCGUGCCAAAUGGAACUUCGCGCAAGACGAGACUCCCGACGAGUGAAGCAUUUUUGUCUAACUUCGGCUCCGGUAAGUCAUUUGACUCUUUCGAAGAGGCGUACGAGACGGCGAGCGGCAGAGGCGGGAAAGGCACCAGUAACGAAUGAGCAUGAUCGAACCGCGAGCGUUAUACGCACUCGCAGCGUGACGCGACGGUACAAUGGAACGAAGCAUCGGAAGCGCGGCUUGGAAUACAGGAAUUGCGCAUGACUCUCAAGCGCGCAGUGGCGAAAGAGGCUCUGAUAGCGCCUCGAGAAGUAUUCCUUCCAACGCUGAAUGGCAUACUUGCUAAGAGAUUCAAUAGUGAACAAAUGCUAGGCCGAGUGCCAUUAAUUCCGCA